AUGGUGGCUGAGAUGGAGGAUCGAGUUCAUCGUUUCGUGGCUGGUCUAGGGCCACAUUUGAUUGAUGAGUCGAGUGCACCUCCGCAAUUUUCAGGUCAGAGGUUUGAUCGGUCUUCUUAUUCUGGAGCGGGUCAGAGUUCUAGAGCUUCAGUUUCUCAGCAUAGACCAGAGUCAGGCCAGAUGCGACCACCUUUACCACGGUGUGCCCAGUGUGGUAGAUUACACGCGGGACAGUGUCGAUUGGGAUCAGAUGCUUGUUAUGCUUGUGGCCAGCCAGGUCAUGUGAUGAGGGAGUGUCCAUCGAGGGGUGGUGUAGGUAUUGUUCAGCCUACAGGGUCCGUAGCUAGUUCUUCUUCAUUUGUACGCCCUUCAGGGCAAGGUUCUCAGACACCAGCAGGACGUGGUAGAGGAAGGGGUGGAACAUCUAGUUCGAGCGGUUCCACCUUAUCAUAUGUUACUCCAUUUGUUGCUGCCAAGUUUGGGAUAAAGCCUGAAUCAAUUAAACCUUUUGAGGUGUCUACGCCAGUUGGUGACCCAGUCAUAGCUAGAACAAAAGUGGUUCGGUUCCAAUUCCCAGAUGAGCCAGUUUUGGAGUGGAAGGGUAAUGCUGCUUCGCCAAGGGAUGAUAUUCUGGUUUAUUCUUCGUCAGCGGUUGAACAUGCAGAUCAUCUACGUGCAGUGCUUAGAGUUCUUCGAGAUAGAGAAUUAUAA